CAUCUAGUUCAUACUCUAUGACAAAAGUCAGAGUACAGUGAAUGAGAAAUAUUUGCUGAAUGAGAAAUCUCAACGUCAUUCAUGAUUGUUUACAAUAUCACGUGUACAGUGCAAUAAUAGUUUAGAUUUUUCCAAAUGUGAAAGAUGAAGAUUAAGAUAAAUAGAGAAAUAUAUAUAUAUGAACAUUGAUUUCUCUUAUUAUAAUGGCUGCUUGGAUCAAUAUAACUUCAAAAUUGGAGCAAGGGUUAACAAUAGUGGCUCGGCUGGAUAAUAGCAAAUUUCGUCUUCUUGUCAAUCGUAUAUGUCAGAGCCUCCAAUCUAGCAUUGAUACAAAAGUAUUUAAUGAGGAGGAGGAAGAAAAACUAUUGGUUUCUUUAGAUUUAACAAAGGAUGAGUUAAUUCUUCUAUUAAGUACUAUUACAUCGAUUUACACACAAGCUGCGUGCAAUGUUGUCAAGCCAUCUCUUAUGGAAACAGCUAUGAAGGAUAAUUUUAAGAUAGAUGAAGAGAAAAUAUCAAUCUUUAUAAAUGCAUGGAUGACUUAUGGCAAAGGGAUUGUGGAAAAUUUUAGACAAAAAUCUAUGUUUCCGAGUCAGGUGAAAGAUAUCAAUUGGUGUCUAAAUGUGCAGUCAUCAUCCUCUGCAAUUUCCAAAGAUGCACCUGUAGCAUUACUUCAACUUGGUCUAACUGGUGAUAAGGCAUCUACACUAACAGUGGAAUACAAGAAACAGUUAACAGAUCUCUAUUAUAAUUUAGAGAAAAUUCAAACUCAAUUAGAUGCUCUAGAAACAAAAAUGUAAAUUUAACGUAUAAGACGGGCAACAAGAGCUAAAUUUAA